AUGAAUAUAUUUAGCAGUAUUGGAACUAAUGAGAAACUUUACGUUGAAGAUUAUUUCAUGGAGGCCGUAAAACAACUUAUGGUAGAUCAUGGGAUGCCGCCUUCUUCAGAUACUUUUGUUAUGAACAACAUAAUUCAACCGUCUUUGGAAUCCUACUUUAAAAAUGUUAGCGGUGAUAGUCGUGGUUGUGUGCGGGAUGAUAAUACCACCACCUUCUUAUUAGAAGAAUCCGAGAAAUUUGGACACAGAUUAAUUGAUAACAUUGUAGACAAAAUACCGAAGAAAAAGAAGGCAGAAGAAAAAGAAAAUAUGAAAGUAAUGGAAAAUGAGGAUAAGGUUAAGUACUUGAAGAUGUUAAUGAGAGAGUUGUUGGAUUAUAUUAUGCUGGAAAUAGAGGCUAACAAACCAAUUUCAGUCUCAUCCAAUCUUGUUAUUUACACAUGA